AUGUCAAUCGGUAUAUGGCUGAUCGCGUUUGUGGGAGCCGCUGAGCGCUUCGUCUGGUAUGGGGCGACCAGCCCUUUGCAGAAUUACAUCGAGCAUGCUCACUCCAGCAAGAUUCCCGGCGUACUGGGCCUGCGCGAAGCGACAGCGACCAAUAUUGUGAACGCGAUGAUGGCCGGGGGUUAUCUCGCAACCAUCCCAGCAGCGGUGGUGGCCGACACCUGGCUGGGUCGGUACAGAACGAUUCUGGCCUCCGCUCUCUCCAUUCAAGCCGGUGCUGCGGAAGGUGGAUUAGCUACCGCCAUUGUGCUCAUUGCUGUGGGCUCGGGAGGCGUACGAUCCUCGAUCGCUCCAUUUAUAGCGGAGCAGUACACCGAAACAACUCCAAAGGUCAAGUUGCGAAAGAACGGAAGAAAGAUCAUCACAGAUCGAGAGCUCACAAUCCAAUACAUCUACAAUGUGUACUAUUGGAUGGCGAAUAUCGGUGGAUUAUCGGCCCUAAUCACCACGGUCCUUGAGAAGUAUGUUGGAUACUGGGUCGCAUAUCUGGUGCCCUUGUGCAUGAUGGCCCUGUCGGUUGUACCGCUGCUAGCGUGGCGACAUACGUUUGUCCGGCGCCCACCGAGUGGCUCCGUACUGCCACAAGCUGGCAGAGCAAUGAUGUGUGGAAUUCGCGAAGGAUUCCAGAUGGACGGGGCCAAGCCACAGAAGCAACAAGAGAGGCACCACCGACAGGUGUACUGGACCGAUACAUUCAUUGACGAGUUGAAAAGCGGAUUGCUCGCAUGCCGUGUUUUCCUCCUCUUCCCCAUUCAUUGGUUAUGCUUGAAUCAAACCUUCAAUAACCUCAUUUCCCAGGCCGGGCAGAUGGUCAACUCAGGGGUUCCGAACGACACUAUCAAGUCACUCAACCCCAUCUCCAGCAUUCUACUGACGCCGGUGGUCUCAAGGGGCCUAUACCCAUUCUUGACCCGGCGCAGGAUCCGAUUCGGCCCCAUGGCCCGGAUUGUCGUGGGAUUCCUAUUUCUCACCCUCGCUAUGGCCUACACCGCGAUCCUACAGAAAUUGGUCUAUUCCUCGGGUCCCUGUUACGAUCACCCCCUGGCGUGCCCGGAGUCGGGCCAUGGCCACAUCCCCAAUCAGAUCUCGAUGUUCCUGCAAACGCCGAUCUAUGUUCUCGGUGCGAUUGCGGAAAUCUUCUGUUUCACCACGGGGACAGAAUAUGCCCACAAUCAAGCCCCGAAGACGAUGAAAUCGGUGGUUCAAUCGGUGUGGAUGGCCACGGCUGGGGUUGGGGCGUGCCUGGCGAUGGCGUUUACGCCCAUCACCAAGGACCCUCAUCUAGUCAUCAUGUAUUCGUCGUUGGCGGGCGUCAUGGCUGUGACAACGGUUUUAUUCCGGUUAUUCUUUGGAAAGCACGAUCGGGAGGAGACCGCCCUUCUGUGA